CUGAACCCGAUGUAAUGCCUUCCCGGCGUACUGCCGGUAGUGCGGCCAGCAAACGACGCAAACAUUCGUUGGGUAAUUUACGUCGUGCACAUCCAGCCUCAGGUGCAACAUGGAAUGUCCAGGUGGUGCGUGGAAAAAUGUCAUCGAAAUGCCUGUGGCAUGCAUGUCGAGCCCUGAUUUUGGGUGUGACAUUGCUGCUGCUUGGCGCGGGAAUGGCAACAUUAGGUUACUAUGCUGACUAUUUAUCCAUCGGUUCCGAACUACGUGGCAAUGCCACAGUUCGCGUUAAAAAUGAUCUGAAAGGAUUUCAUUUGAAUAAUUUUUCAUAUGUGGGACCCAUUGUUAUGGGUUUUGGUGGCUUUAUUGUCGUCGCAUCGUGUGUCAUGACAUUUGAGGCGAGAGAUUCAGCGGCGAAAGUGGUACCGGCACGUUUCAGAGCCGGUGUCAAUGGCAGUAAAAUUACAGUGCGUAGCAAUCAAAGUAGUUCGGCAUCUCAAAGGCGUGCAAUAGGUCUUCAAUACCAAACGACACGAUGGGAUCAACAAUUUGGUGUUUUUCGUUCAUCACCGGCUACAGAACAGCCACAGGCAACACCCGCGCCCUUCGAUCGUGAAGCUCUAACGGCAGAAUUAAUAAAAUUCUCUAAAACCCUGAGUGCAUCUGCUCGCUUUUCACCAAAACUGAGACGUAUCUCCUACACUGGUUCUGUGCCUAACCUCUCCACCCAUCAUGCCUCCUCAUCAACACUCGCCUAUUCCACUAAUAUAUCACAUUUACUCUCGCCGAAUCACAAAACCCUGCUGUUGGCGGAACACAAACGGCAUCGAACCCAUCGCCAUCAUCACCACCAUCACCACAACCAUCACUCGCACCACAAUCAACGUCCUGCAACCAAUGCCUCCAACUCAAAUCCCACCACCAACAACACCUCCACAUUCACGCAACCGACAACGGCGUCACACAACAGUGGGCGCCAGGUCAAAAAUCGUGGUACUCGUAUUAGUAAUAGUUUAAUUCAAAGAGCCACCCGAGAGAGCACGUCAUCGAUACAGUGUGCUCUGCUGCAGCCGCCGCCGGCCAACAACAAACUGCUCUGGCACCAUGCCGCCUCGUUCGACGAAAGUUGCCGAGUGGCCAACGAAAAGCAAAGGGAGCGGGUGGCGGAGCGAACAAAACGUUCGGACACAGCCAAGCGACACGUGCUGGCCCGUCAGAAACCCAUCGAGCAUGAGGAGGAUAAAGCAAUAGUUACGAGUCCGUUGGGUAAUCGAAGAUGUUCCACAAUGUCGGAUUCAUCGUAUAGUGGCCGCUGGACGGUCCGUUGUUCGUCAAUCGCGAGUCGAACGUCAAUUGUAAGUCGAGCCUCCAGUAUAGACUCGAGGCGUAUACAAGUCGAUUUGCAUAGUCCAGAGGUGGUGCCCAAGUCAAUAUUACGUUCCCCCAAACGUUACUGUUCCGGGCCUUCGGCAACGCCAUCGGUGGAGAAAGAAUUUCGAAGUCAACUUUCAGUAUGCUCCGAACCACCUGCCCCAAUAAGACAACUCUCCGGUCAGUCGAGUUUAGAACCAUGUCUGCCCGAAGAGGGACUAGAACAUUACGACGAAGCACUACAAUUGAAACCAACCGACUCCCUGUCAUCGCUGACAACAACACCCACCACCAUCAAUCCCGUUGAUCCACCACCACCCCCACCACCAAAUACAAAUUUGAAAUCACCCAACCACUGUGGUAUGUUGAAAAAACCACGACCUGACUCCCUGCCACUAAUGGGUAAUGCUGCUAUUGUCGAGCUAACUAAAUCUUUGCCACAGCAAGAACGUAUUAAAAAUUUGCAACGAAGUCACUCAUCACGGACUUAUGAUCGACCCAAGGUACAAAAAGCUCCCGAACAUGAUGAUUCGAUAUUCUAUAUACGAUCGGAUCAUCGGAAUUUGGAACAGAACAACGACUUCUACGAUCAGAUAAUAAACGAACGACGUUCGACGCUGUUGAAGGCUGACAGUGAAACCGCUUUAGCUGAGCGUAAGCAUAGCUCACUCUCGAUACCGGAGAAAAUCCUGGAGCAAUGUAAUCAAAAUUCUACAGAAGUGGAAACGGAUGAGCGAGUGGAAGAACCUCAAGCUAAUGAUAAUAAUGUGGAUGAUGUUGUUGUACAAAUUGAGGAAGAAGGAGUAUAA